CUAGAUUUCGGCUUGAUGUUACGCUGUUUAGUACACAAAAGCAAAUUUUUAGGUUACAGAAACAUGGUAAUUAUGACUAACGAUUAUAUAACAUCGAUACCUGAAUUAAAUAAGCCACAUGUAUACAUAAAAGAUAAGGCUAAAGUUAAUUUGAUCAUAAAUGAAUUGGUUAAUGGAGGUCAAAGUAAGCUCCAGGUCAUCUUGGAUUUUGAUAGAACUAUUACAAAACAACAUGAUGAUGGGGUACCACAAGUAAGUAGCUUUGCAAUUUUUGAAAAAUGUCCUUCGUUACCUGAUACAUACAAGAUGGUUGUUGAAGCUUUGAAUAUGAAAUAUAAACCCAUUGAAUUUGAUCCUAAAAUACCAAGUGCUGAAAAGAAAAAGCACAUGGAAGACUGGUGGCGACUAUCAAAACAAAAUUUAGCGGGUUUAUCAGUUUCUUAUAAAGAAAUUGAAGAAGUUGUAAGAGAACUAAAACCUACAUUAAGAGAUUGUUGUAUAGAACUGUUUGAUUUACUAAAAAAAAACGAAAUUCCUAUAUUGGUUUUCUCAGCAGGAUUAGGGCAAACUGUUAUUGCAGUACUUAAUUAUUACAAUAUCUUACACAGUAACGUGAAAGUAGUUGCAAACUUUUUAAAAUACAAUGAUCAGGGUAUAAUUCAAGGAUUCCAAGACGAAACCAUCAUCAAUGUUUUCAACAAAAAUGAAUCUGUCCUAAGCGGAACUGAAUAUUACGAAAAAUUACAUGAUCGAGUUAAUGCUAUUGUUGUUGGGGAUUCUAUUGGGGAUGCAAAUAUGUUUAGUGGGGAACAAACUGGAUGUAACGUUUUAAAAAUUGGGUUUUUAUAUGAUCAUGCCGAAGAUAAUUUGGAGGGUUACAUGAAACAUUUUGAUAUUGUUUUAGUUGAUGACCAAACUAUGCACGUUAUUCAUGCUAUUUUAAACCAUAUAUUUUAAGGAUUUUAAAUAAUUUAUCUAUUUGUAUUGUAAAUAGAUGUAUUUUUAUAUUUUCAUUUUGUAUUUACUUAGUUUAUUGGUGUGCUAAUGUUGUUACUAAAAAUAUAAAAUAAAAUUUUGUUGGGAAAUACA